CUGGUGCUUGGAGAUGACGCAGAAUAUGACGUCCGGUGCGCCACGGCAGUGCUCGACAACGUAUAUAAGCUGACCUUACCCAACUUCGUCAUGUCCAAUUACACCGACAGCACCUCCACCCACAACGACUACGUCGGAGGCCCGGGCAGCGUAGGCCGCAUUCCCGGCGCUGACCAAGCAACCUCGGGGAGUCAAUUCGAGGCCGUCUUCGCGAAAGACCAAUCAGGCCGCACCAUGAAGCCUGGCCAGUUCCACUCUGGUGAGACACGUCCUGACGAGCACAUUCCUGCGCCGACUGGCCGCGAUCGACCUCCGAGGCACGACGUUCGAGGCGCAGACUUCACGCGUGGGGUCGAUCAGAGCGACAACGCCACUCCCGUCACUAGAGUGGAGACACCCAUCUACAGUUCUGCAUCUGGGCCAGGUGGAUACGAUCAACCGCCAUCGGAUAUCAGACAACUUAAUGAGCCGCGUGUGAGCGAAGUUGUCGUCGACUCUAACCCAUGGGCAUCGAGGACCAGUGCGAGCGAUACCCUGAACGGCGCCACUUCACAAGACGUGCACGGCGGCUACGGUCACCCUGGCCAAGGUCAAAGUAGCGCACAAUUACAUCACGACGGUGCUCACAGUCACCGAAAGCGCGCGGAGGAGGGAUUAGGCAGGUACGGCGAAGGCGACGAUAGCCUGGUUCACGGCAACGUCGGUGACCAGGCACAAUAGAUACAACAGUAGCGCCCACAUGAAAUACAUUGUACCAUAACCCACUGUAGUCCUUGCAUCCCGUUCAAAUUGC